CUUACAUGCCAUCCUGCUCGUAAGCAGGCGAUGAACGCACUAUGAGAAGGCUACUUGUGCAGCACUUUCUUUCGCGAGCAGGCUGCCAAAACAGUGCUUCUCUAGUCCAAGGCUUUUCUUCUGAGCUUUCGUUUGUAUCUAGUGUCAACUCGCUUCUUUCCACUUGUGGAUUUAGUUCAGCAUCACCCGCGACGCAACGCAAGGAGCCAUCAGACGACGUGCGUGACCGUGUUGCUAGCGGAGCACAGGCUACAACAUCAUCGGCGCAAGCAGCCACUGCACGAACAGCAGGGGCUCCUAAUCCUAGCGACCUUGGGGCUUCACCACCCUCGACAGCGGCCAAGGCGGCACCGGCAGCAGCGGGCACCGCCCACCACUCCGAUGCUCCCCAGGCGACAGGCGCUAGCGGCCGGCCCGCAUCAGACGCGGACAUUCCUUUGACAGGCACGGAUGCAUCGGAAGCGUCGGGAACUAGCGGCGGCGGCGGCGGUGGCGCUGCUUCCGCAGUAGAUGAAGCGGAGCGGCACGCGGCGGUGCUGCGGCAGCUGCGGCAGCCGCCGCCGGCGCAGCUGCUGCAGGUGGUGCCGACGCCUGAGGGCGCCACACGGGAGCGGCUGCUGGUGCGGGACUUCAUACAGAACUCGCUGUACCACCCCACGCUGGGCUACUUCAACGCCCCCACGCCGCCUGUGGGCAGCGGCGGCGGCAUCAACUACUGGAAGAUAUACUGUAAGGACGAGUUCGAUGUCAUCAUACACAACAAGUACAAGGAACUGGAGACCUCGUUCCUGACGCCGGCGGAGAUGUUCAGCCCCUGGUACGGCGCCUGCAUCGCGAGGCACAUGGUGGAGCACCGCAGGCACCACCUGGGCAUGGAGGGGCAGCCGCUGCACAUCGUGGAGGUGGGCGGAGGCAACGGCACGCUGGCGCGGGACGUGCUGGACUGGCUGCGCGACCACCGGCCGUCCGACUACCGGCAGACGUCGUACACGUGCCUGGAGAUCAGCACCAGCCUGGCGGCGCGGCAGUACGACAAGGUGGUCGUACAGGGCGGACACGGAGGCCGCUUCCACCUGCGCCGGGGCAGCGGCCUGGACCCGGCCACCUGGGCCGGCAUCGGCGGCGGCCCCGCCGGCAGUAGCAGUAGCAGUAGCAACAGCAGCGGCAGUAGCAACAGCAGCACUAGCAGCAGCAAUGGGAGUGGGAGUGGGAGCGGGGGUAGCUGGAUGCAGCCGCUGCCGGCUCCGCGGUGGGAGCACACGUUCGUGCUGAUGAUGGAGGUGCUGGACAACCUGCCGCACGACCGCGUGUUCCGGCGGCGCGCCAGCGAGCCCUGGCUCCAGACCGUCAUCCGCCCCUCCGCCUCAUCCUCCGCCUCCUCCCAGCCCUCCUCCUCCCAGCCCUCCUCCUCCUCCUCCUCCUCCUCCCAGCCCUCCAUGGAGUCGGGCCCCUGGCGUGAGGCCGCCGAGCCGCUGUCCGACCCGCUGCUGGCGCGCACCCUGGCCGCCGUGUACCGCCCGCCCAGCCGCGAGCAGCAGCUGGACGAGCGCUUCAACAGGGUGCUGGACUUCAUCCUGGCGAGGGACGCCCAGCCCGCCAGCCGUGACGAGGUGCUGUGGCUGCCCACCGCCGCCGCCGCAUUCAUGGAGCUGCUGCACGCGGUGCGGCCCAACCACUCGCUCAUCGCGGCGGACUUUGACAAGCUGCCGGACGUGCGGCUGGCCGGACGCAACGCGCCGCUGGUUGCGGAGAAGGUGGGCGGCCGCAACAUCGACCACGACUCUCUGUUCGUGCCCUGGGGCACCGCCGACAUCUUCUUCCCCACCGACUUCGACGCCCUGGCCUCGCUCUACAAGGCCGCGGCGGAGCACGUGUGGGGACCCGGCGGCGUCGCCACCAACGCCUGGGCAGCGCAGCAGGCGGCCGCGGCCGCCGCCGCCGCCGCCGCCUCGGCUGCCGCGGCUUCCGCGGGUUCUGCUGCUGCCGUAGGCAGCGGGGCCGGGAGUGCGCGGGCGCCACCGCCCGGGACCGCGCCAACGGCCGCGGCCGCCGCUGGGCAGCCGGGGGCAACGGGGACAGGGUCAGGGCUUGCGGGGACGCCGUCAGGGACGUCGGAGCCGCAGGAGGAGGAGCUGUCCAACCUGGGUGAGGUGAAUGCGGAGCACUUCCGGCAGGGCGCGGUGAUCAAACGCUACCGCGAGAUGUUCAACACCGCCACCAUCUGCGCCUUCAACCCCAUGGUGGACGACUUCGUGAACGCCAGGUUCUUCUUCGGCGACUCCAAGGGCCGCCUGCCGCCGGGCACGCCACGCCCCACGCCGCAGCCGUCCAAGCCGCGGCUGCCGACGGGCCAGCCGGCGCCUGGGACCCUCGGCAUCAAGUCACACAUCCCCGCGGCGCCGGCGUCCAGGGUGCGCGGCCGGUCGCAGCAGCAGCAACAGCAGGCGCAGGUGCAGCAGCAGAAGCAGAGCUCGGAGCCGGUACUGGGCGGCAAGCGGCGAGGAGGAGGAGGCGGAGGAGGCGUGGGGGGCUCGGGCGGUGUCGGGGGCGGCAGCGUCGGCGGCAAGCGGUAGGCCGUGCUCACUUGGUGCCUGGCGCAGGGUAGGAAGCACGGAGCUUGUAGGGAGCGAGGCGUGUGUACGCAAGUGACAGAAGUCCGUGCGGUGCUAAGGCGUUUUGGAGGCGCUGUCUGUAAUGAUGAGUGGCC